CAUAUCGCUCAACGAAAGCGUCGCUUAAUCAAGUAACUAGUCGACAGAAUUUCGAAAGGCAUGAGAGAAUAAUAUUUGGUGGGAAAUUCUGUAGUAUGAUCCGAAGAUAUUAGAAAUAGAUAAGAAGGCAUAUAUAUGCAGUUCAUAUAUUUUAUUACAAGUUAAAGAAUUGGAAAGUUUACUUGUUUAAAUCGCAGGCAUGGCUAACCAACCAGGAGGGUUUAAUUUUGGAGGUCUAUCUGCAACAUCAACACCAUUUUCACUAAAUAAAUCUGCAACAGCCCCUGCCGCCACUGGUGGCUUUAGCUUUGGUGCUGCACCUGCAGCAGGAGGACAAUCUACAACCACACAACAAGCAGCAGGUGGUUUGAGCUUUGGUGGCACAGCCAGUACAGGCACAGGUGGGUUUAACUUGGGAGCCAAUCUGGCGGCAACCUCAGCUCCAACAGGUGGUUUUGGUUUUGGAGGUGGCACACAGCCUGCUAGUACCUCAACUGGAUUCACUUUAGGAGGCAUACCUGCUGCCACCAGUGCUACGGCGGGGCCUACCCUAACUGGAUUACUAUCUGGAAAUCCACCUGGAAGUACAGGAGCCUUAGGACUAGGUGGUGUGGCACCUAAACCUGCAGCUACAGGUGUAUCAUUUGGACAGGCAACAUUAAUAGGGGCAACAACUUCUGCACCAGCAACUGGAUUAUCUUUUGGAGUAACAACUCAACCUGCAACUGGUUUAACCCUGGGAGGGUUAGCUAAAACCACCACAGGUCCAACAUUAGGUGGAAUCUCACAAGCAAAGCCUGGUUUUAGUCUUGGAGGUGCAAUAAGUCAGCCAGCUGCAGGACUUGGUGGGACCCCACAAACAUCAACUGGAUUUGGACUUGGUGGGACCACACAAGCAUCAACUGGAUUUGGAAUUGGUGGGACUACACAAACAUCUUCACAAGGGUUUGGCCUAGGUGGAACCACACAGACAGCCACUGCUGGAUUUGGUGCAAAACCAUCAUUACAAACUGGUCUCACCAUGGGUGCUGCCGGAAUCAAUAUUGGACAAGCUACAAGUGCUGGAUCUAGUAUAUUUGGACAGACUGCAGCCAAACCACAAGUUGCAGGUCUGGGAGGUGUUGAUCCAAAGACUUCAGCAGUUACAUCUGGUGGAACAACAACAGAUACAAAGCCAGGGGAUGGCAAAACACUUAAAGAAUCACAGCUGCCUCCAGAAAUAUAUGGAACUGUUGAUGAAUUUCAGAAGUACACCAAAUCAGAGAAGAAUGUACAAGAUGACUUAGCCAGAUCUACCUCCAAACCUCUAUACAAAGUGCAAGAAGAUGUUGUAGCUUUAAGGCAACUUUUAUCUGUAGUGUCCAAUGGUCUACAGAGAAAUGCAGUGGUAGUCGAAAAGUUAAAACAUGAAAUGACUCAGGAAUUGAAAAAUGCUGAGAUGUCAAUGAGAACCAAAGAUAUACCUCCAGGACUACAGUAUGACAACACAGCUCCUGCAGAAUACUUCCAUCGUUUGGUAGAAGAUUUUGAGAAUCAGAUGUUAUCAUACAGACAGCAGAUAGAAACAUUAGAAGAACACUUGGCAUCUACACACCAGCCAAAUAAACUUACACCGGAUGAUUUAAUUUUGUUACUAAGGAAACUCCAUGAGACAUUUAUAGCAUUAGCUGCACAGUUACAUCAAGUACAUGAAGCUGUGAAGACACAAAAAGAACACUAUUUAAACUACAGAAAGAUUUUUCUCCAUGAUACAAAUAAUAUAUUUGAGCCAGAAAAGAAACAGCAACCCCAAACUAGACCAGAUACAUCUACACAUCUGGGUCCUACACCAUUUGGUGGUCUGACUAACGCUGCUGCAGUUGCCAUGGCAUCAGCUUUAACUAGAUCACAACAGCCUGCAGUAGGACCACCUGUAGCAGGUCUGGCAGGAAAUCUGGGUCAAACAGCUGGAUUUGGUUCUACAGGAUUAUUUGGUGGAGGAUCAACACAGCCAGCUUUUGGAGCCACAACGGCAACACAGCCAGGGAUAGGAGGUUUUGGUGGAUUUGGCAGCACUACUACACAACCUGCUGGAUUUAAAGGUUUUGGCAGUGGAUUUGGAACAACAACCACCACCCAGUCAACAGGUUUUGGGGCUGGGUUUGGUGCAACAGGAGGGACAGCCACUGUUCGACCAUUAGGAUUUGGAACAGCAACAACAGCUGCAUCAGGUUUUGGAGGUCAGAGUACAUUUGGUCAAACUGGUACCCUGUUUGGUACAGCCCCUGCUGCUGCACCUGCCUUUGGGGCUAAUGGGGAAUCACCUUUCCAACUCAACAAGCCCCCUACAUCAAAGAAAAAGAGAUGAUCAAUAUAAGCAGGCAUCUUAAUGAUGUCUGAAUUAUGAUUUUAAGAUGUGACCGAAACAUGUAAAUUAUUUGAGAUUACAAUUAAAAGUCUAUUUUGAUAUACAAACAUUUUGUUUAUAUUUUUAAUCAUCUUUUUUAAUCAUUUUUGAUUAAUAUGAUAUUUGAUUUAAACUUUUAUAUAGUAAUGAUAGAGACAUUGUUUGACAAAAAAAGAUUCUGCCUUUAAGGUUUUUUUCUAUUUUGAAUUUUAUUCAAAAUGUAAGAGAUAUAACAAUAUGGAGAAGAUAAGAUUACUAAUAUAAACAACGAACCCCAAGAGAUCAAAAGGACUAGAAAUUAAACCUACAAUAAAAUCAUCAAUGAACUUGAAAGCAAUAUUUAAGAUAAACUGUAAUAGUAUGUGGAACGAUUGGGAGACAAAUACAUGACGGCCUUAGUUUAGUCAAUAACAUAAAACAGGAAGCCAACAUCUACCACUGGACUGCAGGUUCUUACCUUGUGACAGGCAUUAUGAAAAUGAAACAGGAUUUAAUCAGUAGUAAAGGUAUCAAAUAUCUAAAGAGUACAUUGUAUUAAGAGAUGUUAAAAAAAUGCAAUUUGAUUUUUUGACAAACCAUUUGAUCACAAGUAAUAAAGAAUUUUAACUUGAAACGAAAGUGAUGAGCUAGUGUUAAAAAUAAAUAAGUUAUAAGUCUAGUCUUAUUAUUUGAAAUUGAAAAAUAUGAAACAGUUGAGAGUCUGUUGCAAAAUUUAAAUUUUAGUGUUCAAAUUAUUGAAAGAAAACUAGCCAAAAGGACAAAAAUAUUAGUUGUUGAACUCUUAUUGGAUACUGAGAUGAACUAAUAUUGAAUGCUUAUCUAAGGCAUUUUAAAAAACAUAUAUAAGACCAUCAUUAUAAUGUUGAUAUCAGAUAGCCACACUGAAAGAAAGAAUGAAACAGAUGAUAAACUGAGAUAGCAAACUAUUUGUGAAGUAUUAUUUAUUUUGAAUAUACAGUUAUGACUGAUGAAGUGUACUUAGUUAUGUUUUUGUUACUGUAAUUUAAAAAUUGUGAUUGGGGUGAACAUUAUUGUAGUUAAAAGUAUCAUUUAAAAUUGUAGUAAUGUACUUCUAGAAUAUGUACUGGAAUUGAAGUCGUAAAUCUCUCAUUAUGAUCUGUUCUAAAAUAGUUGCAAUGAUAAAUGCAUGUAUUAAAUACUGAAUUUACAGUGUUUUAUAAAAAAAGACACAAAGUUAUUAUUUUUAUACGACCGCAAAAAUUAAAAAUUUUUUGGUCGUAUAUUGGUAUGACGUCGGCGUCGUCCGAAGACACAUUGGUUUUCGCACUCUAACUUUAGUUUAAGUGAAUGGAUCUCCAUGAAAUUUUACCAUAAGGUUCAAUACCACGAAAGGAAGGUUGGGAUUGAUUUUGGGGGUUAUGGUACCAACAGUUAAUGAAUUAGGGGCCAAAAAGGGGCCAAAAAUAAGCAUUUUUGUAACUUCCAGACAAUAACUUGUGUGUAAGUGCAUGGAUCUCUCUGACAUUGUACCACAAGGUUCCAUAUCACAAAGGGAAGGCUUUAAUUGAUUUUGGGGGUAAUUGCCUCAAAAUGUUAGGAAUUAGGGGCCAAAAAAGGGGCAAAAAACAAGCAUUUUUCUAGUUUCAUGACAAUAACUUGUGUGUAAGUGUUUGGAUAUUUCUGAAAUUGUACUACAAGGUUCCAUAUCACAAAGGGAAAGCUGGAAUUGAUUUUUUGGGUAAUUGCCCGAAACGUUUAGGAAUUGGGGGCCAAAAAGGGGCCAAAAAUAAGCAUUUUUCUAGUUUCCAGACAAUAACUUGUGUUCAAGUGUAUGGAUCUCUCUGAAAUUGUACUGCAAGGUACCAUACCUUAAAGGGAAGGCUGAGAUUGAGUUUUGGGGUGAUGAAUCAUAAGGGGGUUCAAAAAAUUUGGGGGGGGUGGAU